CUACGCGAUUGGUUUAUUGUACGGAGUUGACGGGCCGUGGACUUCUUUUAUAUGAGUAAAACUCAUUAAAACACGUGAAUUUUUAUAAAGUGUAUGUGUGUUUGUAUUGAACUUUAUUGUUUUGUGUCAUUUAACUUUAAACGAAAAUUAUAUAUUUCAUACGACACUGAAAGUUUUGCCAAAAUGGGACGCAAAGUGACAGUAGCUGUAUGUACUUUAAACCAAUGGGCCUUAGACUUCGAGGGAAAUUUGAGCAGAAUCCUUCAAUCUGUACAAGAAGCUAAAGAAUUAGGAGCUAUGUAUCGCACGGGGCCAGAAUUGGAAAUAUGUGGUUACAGUUGUGAAGACCACUUCUAUGAAUCUGAUACCUACCUCCACAGUUGGCAAGUACUAGCGGAGUUGCUCAAAUCGCCAACAUGUAAAGACAUACUUAUAGACGUUGGUAUGCCAGUGCAACAUAGAAAUGUUUCUUACAAUUGUAGAGUAGCAUUUCUCAAUAAGAAAAUCAUACUUAUCAGGCCGAAGAUGAUGCUGUGCGAAGAUGGAAAUUAUAGGGAGACACGAUGGUUCUCUCCUUGGACGAAAGAAAGACAAAUUGAAGAUUACUAUUUACCAAGAAUGAUAACAGCUAUUACUGAGCAGUCUACAGUGCCAUUUGGAGACGCGGUGAUUUCAACUAAAGACACUUGCAUAGGUUUUGAAAUAUGUGAAGAGUUGUGGAAUCCACAAAGUCGGCACAUUCCUUUGAGUCUUGAUGGUGUAGAAAUCAUAUCUAAUGGUUCUGGUAGUUAUAUGGAAUUACGAAAAGCUUACGUCACAGUGGAUUUAGUCAAGAGUGCCACCUUCAAAAGUGGAGGAGCGUAUUUGUUCAGCAACCUGCGCGGUUGCGAUGGCCAAAGGAUAUAUUUCAAUGGAUGUUCAUGUGUAGCUGUUAAUGGUGAUAUCGUUAGUAGGGGACUCCAGUUUGCAUUGCACGAUGUGGAAGUGAUUUCGGCUACAAUAGAUCUCGAAGAUAUUCGUUCGUAUAGAACUCAGAUACGGUCUCGGUCACAUUUAGCUGCUUCUAAUAAUCCGUUUCCACGAAUCAACGUAGACUUUGCGCUUUCUGAUGACGAUGAUAUAAAUUUGACAAUAAGUCCACCUAUGGAGUGGAAAUACUUGACGCCCGAGGAAGAAAUAGAAUUAGGUCCAGCUUGUUGGUUAUGGGACUACCUAAGACGUUCAGGACAGGGUGGGUUCUUCCUGCCUUUAAGCGGUGGUGUCGAUUCGACCAGUACAGCUUGUAUAGUAUUCUCGAUGUGUACCCAAAUUUGUGAUGCUAUACAAAAAGGAGAGAGUCAGGUUUUGUACGAUGUGCGGAAGAUUCUAUGCCAAUCGGACUAUACACCCUCGGAUCCAAUGGAGCUGUGUAAUAGACUGUUAGUUACAUGUUAUAUGGCUUCUGAGAAUUCUAGUCAAGAAACAAAACAAAGGGCAUCACAGUUGGCUAGUGAAAUAGGCAGCUAUCACUUUCCAAUAGUUAUAGAUGCCGCUGUGAGCGCCGUUAUAGGUAUAUUCACUACUGCUACGGGACUUGUGCCCAAAUUUAGGGCCAAAGGUGGGUGUCCCAGACAAAACUUGGCCCUACAAAAUAUACAGGCGCGACUUCGAAUGGUACUCUCUUAUUUGUUCGCGCAGCUAAUGUUAUGGGUGCGAGGUCGCCCGGGUGGCUUACUUGUAUUAGGGUCAUCUAAUGUCGAUGAAGCUCUUAGAGGCUAUAUGACUAAGUACGAUUGUUCAAGUGCCGACAUCAAUCCCAUAGGAGGUAUAUCUAAGACUGAUCUUAAAACUUUUCUGCAGUACGCCAAGAGUCGAUUCUUCUUACCGUCUUUGUCGGAGAUACUUCAGGCGCCUCCGACUGCUGAAUUGGAACCUUUGACGGACGGUCAAAUCACACAAACAGACGAGCAAGAUAUGGGAAUGACAUACGUAGAGCUAUCGGAGUUCGGGCGUCUGCGGAAAAUGCAUCAUUGUGGUCCAUACAGCAUGUUCAAUAAACUGGUACACACAUGGAGCAAUAAGUGUACACCACAAGAGGUGGCAGAGAAGGUGAAACACUUUUUCCGCUGUUACGCUAUCAAUCGGCACAAGAUGACGGUGCUGACGCCCUCGUACCACGCAGAGUCCUACAGUCCAGACGAUAAUCGUUUCGAUCACCGGCCGUUCCUCUACCGAGUGCAUUGGAACUGGCAGUUCAAAGCCAUAGACGAUGCUGUAGCGCAUAUGACGAAAGAGAAACAUAGCCUGCCACGGGACGCUGAUCGUUCACAAGUAAAACAAGAUAUCGGUAAAAUUAGCAACGGUAGCGCUUCUGCACCCAGUGUUAAUGCACCCUUAUAUUCGCGCAGGAAAGGCGUUCUCAUAUAACAUUAACGUUCAUUACCAAUUGAGAUAAACCAAAUUAAAGUGACAUAAUUAGGAUUUUAGGAGGCAAUUAUUCAAAUUAAUAUACAAUCG